AUGGCUGAAAUAGGAGGAAACAAUUGGGCAGUUGAAGCUCUUCUCAGGGCAGAAGAAAAAGCAAACACCAUAAUUUAAAAUGCUUAAAAAGAAAGAGAAAAAAAAUUGAAAUAAGCUCGUUCUGCGGCAGAUUAAGAGAUAAAUAAAUUUAGAUAAGAAAUGGAAUAGAAAUUUAAUGAAGAUGUCAAAACUAAAUUCGGUAAUACAAGUGACCAUGAUAAUUUAUUAAUAUAAACUGAAAAUGAUAUUAAAAAAAUAAACUAAGAUUAUGAAUAGAACAAAGGAAAAGUUAUUGAUAUGCUUAUUGAAAGAAUUAUUAAUGUAAAACUUGAAAUCCCUGAAGUAGUUAAAGGUGAUUUCAAUAAAAUGAAAUAAUGA